CUAUUGUACGUGCCCAAUCGCCGUAUACUUUCUGCAUUUAACUCGGGUGACAUUUUUAUUUCAUCAUUAGCAUCUGGCGCCGGACGGACUCGGUGAGCAUCAUUUUCACCAAGGAACCCUCGGAAGAUGAUCAGCAAGAUUAAUAUUGUUUAUCUCGCUCCGCGUUAUUAAAGUCAGUGCUGGCCGUAAACAACCGCGUUUAAGUUCCCACUACUGGAAGAGUUUACCAAGGACCUUCAAACUGUUAACAGAUUUAAAAAAAAGAAGAUUUUUUUAGCGAUCUUCAAAAUAUAUUAUAAGCCCGAAUUUCAAGCCAACAUGCCCGAAACAACCCAGGAUUCAUGUGCUUCGGCGAAAGACUCUCCAUUUUUCAUUAAAAACCUUCUUAAUUCUGACAGUAAGCCGUCAAAACCUAAGCCUAUUUUGGCAUCAACUAAAGCAGGACUUGAUGGCAGCUUCUCGCUCUCUCAGGUUGGGGAAUUAAACUUUCCUCGCUUUGAGUUGCCGACCCAGCGCUUUGCGUUACCGGCUUACCUUGAGCGUGCCUCGGCGUGGUGGUACCCGUACACACUCAGUGCAUCUGCGCAUCUUCACAGAACAGAAGCAGCACAGAAAGCGAGAGACUCCUCACCGAUCACAGGCACCGACCGAGAUUCACCUGAGCUCGUGCUCAAAUCAGACCCGGACGCCAAGGACGAUGAAGACGACAACAAAAGUGGAGACGAGAUCGUCCUCGAGGAGAGCGACACUGAAGAGGGUAAAAAAGAAGGCGGCUUGGACGACUGGAAGAAGAGCGAUGACGGCGCGGACAAGAAACCUUGCCGGAAAAAGAAAACUCGCACAGUGUUCUCGCGGAGUCAGGUGUUCCAGCUGGAGUCCACCUUCGACAUGAAACGCUACCUCAGCAGCUCAGAGCGCGCGGGCCUUGCUGCCUCCCUUCACCUCACAGAGACCCAAGUCAAAAUCUGGUUUCAGAACCGGAGAAACAAAUGGAAACGUCAGCUGGCCGCAGAGCUAGAGGCCGCCAACCUAAGCCACGCAGCGGCGCAAAGGAUUGUGAGAGUACCCAUCCUGUAUCACGAGAACUCGGCCUCUGAGAGCUCCAACACAGCGGGCAACGUGCCCGUAAGCCAGCCGCUGCUCACUUUCCCUCAUCCGGUUUACUACUCGCAUCCCAUCGUCACCUCCGUGCCCCUCCUCAGACCGGUUUGAGAGGACGAGGGAUGACUUUUUCUAUGUAACUAUGUAACUAAAACGAUUUUACAAAGACUCGACAAGAGGGAAAGAGAACAGGGGGAAAUAAAAAAAAAGAGACGAAUUAUUUUUGUUUAGAAAAUAGUUAAAAAAAAAAGAAAGAAAAGAAAAAAAUGUACAAAGACGCACUGUCAUGCAUUUGAGCCCUACAUUUUUUUAACUCAUAAAAAUACCCAUAAAACUACAGAUGAAUAAGGCGAAUGUUUAGAGGCCUACAUUUCUAAUGUUGAUGUUGGUUGGAGGUUAAUUAUAAUGACAUCGUUAAUUUACUGUCAUUAUUAUUAUUAUUAUUAUUAUUAUUAUUAUUAUUAUUAUUAUUAUACUGCUACGGUUUAUCUAUUAAUAUUACAGAUAAACUUGCUACCACGUCAAAGGAAAGGUUUUAUACACAUGGUUCAAUUUCUUUACAGCCCUGGGGGAAAAAAUCACACAGCCCUAAACACGGAUGUGCAAUACUACUGUGUAUGAUCUAUAUAUUAAGGCAAAAAUAUUAUUUUUGAAACUCUUUAUUUUAGACACAUUUUCUUAACCAAACAGUUCUUAGGCUGAGAAGAUAACCGCUGAAAAACGAUUUUGGUCCCGCGUUCAAUGGACAAUCAUAGGCUAUACUGACAGAAAUUGCAGUUAAACUGAAGACACACAAACACGAAGAAUAAAAAACUUUUACUUUUAUCUAUAUUAUUUACAGAUGUAUAUGUACAUGUACAGAUAUAACGAACCAAAAUGAGGAAAGGUGUCAUUUGUACAGUAAUAGCUGUUUUUUUUUUUACAUUGUAUUGCUAAAUUCUGUUGUGAAAUAAACGAAGACUAUUAAAGUCUACAUGUCUUGAGUGACUAACCUGACUUUGUGGCACGACUGUUGUGUUGAGGCGAAUAACGAGAAGGCUUCUGUGAUGUCUCAAUUUAUAAUGCUCAUGCAUAAAUUUGGAGAUGUUGCAUGACUAAUGCACUCGCGUGAAUAGUGAUAAAAUAUUAUUUUCAGGAAAUAAUAUAGGCUAUAUACAAAUUAAGAAAUCAACAUGGGAGACAAAACUGA